AUGAAUUUGUCUAGUGUUCAUCUUCUUGAUUUACCUAAUGAAAUGUUAUUUAAUAUUUUAAAGAAACUUGAAAAUGUUGAUAUUCUUAAUAUUGCAUCAAUUACUGAAAAUAGUACAAUAAUUAAUUCGAUACGUGAUCGAUUCUGUGAUUAUAUAUUACCUCGAAUUUAUUUCAAUGUGAAAUGUUUCAUUGUUGAACCAGAAUUCAUGGAACGUAUUAUUCUUGCUACUCCUUAUCCAAAUCUGACUGAAUUGAAACUUUUUAAUUUUCAACGUGAUAGUUCAUUACAUUAUUUUACAGGUAAACAUAUAUUCUAUAAUUUCAUUAAUUGA